AUGACGAAAAUUGCUGAUCUUUCAGAGGAUAUGUUCGGAGAGAUUCUUUCUAGGGUUCCAUUGACAUCUCUAUCUGCAGUAAGAUCUACUUGUAAAACCUGGAACGAUUCAUCGAGAAAACAGGUUUUGGGUGAAAAAGGAGCAAAGAAGAAUCAGUUUAUGGAGUUCAUGAUUAGAGAUCAUAAUCUUUGUUCAUUGAGGUUCGAUCUCCAAAAGGUCUGCAACGACAAAGAUGAUGAAAAGGAUUUGAUGGAUCCAUCUAUGAAGCAAAUAAGCAUACCUAAUAAUCAACACAAGGUACAUCAAGUCUAUCACUGCGAUGGCUUAUUGUUAUGCGUCACGGGAGACAAAGACUACAAGGGAAGGUUCUUGGUAUGGAAUCCGUAUAUGGGGCAAACCAGAUGGAUCCGACUCAGAAUCGAAAUCCGUAUACAUGACGCUUAUGCUCUGGGAUAUGGAUACGACGACAACAACAACCGUAACCACAAAAUCUUGAGGCUUUUCUAUGACUACCAUAACAAGAAGAAAUGUGCUGAGGUCUACGAUUUUCGCUCUGAUUCAUGGAGAGUUAUUGAUGACUAUCCCGACUGGCAUGAACUUUAUGUCUUUGAAGGGAAAUGCAUACCUUUUCGAGAUGAGAAGCUCGCUGUGUUCCGUUUCGUAUACGAAAAUGACCCUCAAAUAGACUACGAGUACGAGCAGUCCGACAUAAUGGAGAUUUGGAUUUCGACUAAGAUUGAGCCCAAUGCCAUCUCAUGGAGCAUUUUCCUGAGGCUAGAUAUGAGAUAUUUUGAUGAUCUCCGCCUUAAGAGUUUUUUCAUUGACGAGGAGAAGAAAGUCGCUGUGUUUCUUAGUCUAAAUAGAUUCGACGAGACUAAGACUUGUGGCUACCGAAUGGUUAACAUUGUUGGAGAAGAUGGAUACUUAAAAUCCUUCAAGAUGGAAGAAGUUUCGAAUUAUUGGGGGGCAAGUCAUGACAUAGGACUCGUGUGUUCUUCUUAUGUUCCAAGUUUAGUGCAACUGCAAAUCAACCAACCAGACAAAACAGAAGAAAUCAACCAACCGGACAAAACAGAAGAGAAAAUCAACCAACCUGACGAAAGCAAACAGCAGACCAACCAACCGGACGAAACCAAAGAGAAAAUAAACCAUUCAGAUAAAACCAAAGAGCAAAUCAACCAACCUGACGAAGGCAAACAGCAGACCAACCAACCGGACGAAACCAAAGAGAAAAUAAACCAUUCAGACAAAACCAAAGAGCAAAUCAUCCAACCUGAGUCACCUGACCAAACCAAAGAGAAAAUCAACCAACGGGGAAAAAGGAAAGAAAGAGACGAUAAUCACUCUGUUCCAUUUUCAAUACUUUUCUUGUUCCUUGCUCUAUUUAUUUCUUCCUUUGUUUUCUUUUAUUUUAUUUUCGGUGCAUCUCUUAAUUCGGUUUGGCCUUUAUCAAAGAACUAG